CCUCGCACAGCGAUACAAUCAUCAUGAAGUUGACUUACGUUUUCCUCGUCCUUGUGGUCAUCGUGCUUGUCUUGAAUGUGGCGGACGCACACAGCAGCAAAAAGAAGAACCGUUCACCCGACCAUUCCGGUGAGCACAAGAAGAAGAGUGGACAUCACGGAGGACAUCACCAUAACAAAAACAAGCACAACAAGAAUAAGACCAAGCGUCCGAAGACGACUCCCCCUUGUAAAACGACCAAGCCAGCUACAACUACUACAGGCCCUAUAACGACCACCGCUGUACCUACAACGACGACUGCUGCACCAACGACGACUGCUGCACCAACGACAACUGCUGCACCAACGACGACUGCUGCACCAACGACAACUGCUGCACCAACGACAACUGCAGCACCAACGACGACUGCAGCACCAACGACGACUGAAGCACCAACGACGACUGCUGCACCAACGACGACUGCAGCACCAACGACGACUGCUGCACCUACCACUACUGCGGAACCUGCAACUACAAUUGUUGAUUCUACUGCUCAAGGGUAGAGCAGCAGGGAUGUCUGUUUGAAUUCGUCUCCCAAGUAAUGAUCUUGCUGUUCCGAAUGAUAAAAGACAACAGAACAUGUUAUGCAUUAAAUAAAAUAAGCCUUUGAAUUCAUAACAGUAGCCAAUUAAUAU